AUGGGAAAGCGAUCCCUCGUGAAAGAUGUCUUUGCUCGUUCCCGUGGCCAGCCGUGUGCUGCUGAUGAUCCCGACCGCCCAAGACCAGGCCCUCCGCCCCGAAGAAAAAGCUCCCUUCCAGCACAACGCGACGAGGUCGACGGCAGGAACAAACCGUCGAGUAGUCGGCGAGCCAGCAGCCUAGGCUUCGAUGAUGUGUCUCCCGGUGGCUCUACGAUGCAAGACCCGGGGUACGACGCCGAUGUUGAGGUGGUUCGGCCUUACGCUAUCGAAGAGCCAGAUGACGAUGCCGAUCAAACCUCUGCAUCGGCGUCCACCCGGCCUGCGACACCGAGACAGCUAGACUCAACUGAAUUCUGGCAGAAAGACUUGGUCAACAGUCUACGUGGCCUUGUUUGCGAUUCGGAUAGCAAUGAAGCGCCUCCGCGCUCGAAGCAUAAGCGAGGCAGGAAAAGGAAGACCGAGACGUCAAGGGAGCCGUCCCAGAGCUUUCGCGUAACGCCUGGCUCAAGAGGCGAAGAUGUCGAUUUGACAGCGGAUGAACCCGUCUCCUGGCCAAAAAGGCGCCGAAGGAAAAGUACAAAAGCCGGAGACGAGAUCAAAGCGGCAUGCAAUUCGGGUCCUGUCGAUAGCCAUUCGAAUUCAACACCAACCUCUGCGGGUUUGUCCUAUCCUACGGAGGAACAGACGGGCCAGGAUAGUCCAACUACAAAUAUACCACCAGCCGAUCAAAUGGACUUGGACUGA